CUCUCCAUCUGAGACCACACUCUACACUCCCAGAAGAGCUCUCAUCUGUUUCCAGUGUGUACAUUCCCAGAAGCCUUGCACAGUCACUAGAGUUGCUCAUGUAAACCUGAAUAAGGGGGCUACAGUUCCCUUUUGAAAUGGAGGGAUUUGGGCCUCUGGAAGAUCUCUGAUUGGAGUCAUUUUCUGGUACCGAUUAUGAGUAGAAAGCAGUGAAAAUUCUGGCCAACAGUGAAAAUACUGGCUGAAUCUUCAGCUUAGUAUAGCAUUCCUUCUCUUCAGUUGCACCUCAUAAUAGAAGAAAAAUGUAUGGAAGUGCAAGAACGAUCACCAAUCUGGAAGGGAGCCCUUCCAGAUCUCCUCGUCUGCCAAGGUCUCCUCGUUUGGGCCACCGAAGAACGAGUAGUGGGGGAGGUGGAGGGACCGGCAAGACUCUGUCCAUGGAGAAUAUCCAGUCCCUUAAUGCUGCCUAUGCUACAUCUGGACCCAUGUAUCUGAGUGACCAUGAGGGGGUGGCUUCGACAACUUACCCAAAGGGCACCAUGACUCUAGGAAGGGCAACAAAUAGAGCCGUAUAUGGAGGUCGUGUCACAGCCAUGGGGAGUAGUCCCAAUAUUGCUUCUGCUGGACUUUCCCACACAGACGUCCUUUCAUACACGGAUCAACAUGGUGGUCUGACCAGCUCAUCCCAUCAUCACCACCAUCAGGUCCCCUCCAUGUUGAGGCAGGUGAGGGAUAGCACAAUGUUAGACCUUCAAGCCCAGCUCAAGGAACUUCAGAGAGAGAAUGACUUCCUUCGGAAAGAGCUAGACAUCAAGGACAGCAAGUUAGGAUCUUCCAUGAACAGUAUCAAGACCUUCUGGAGUCCUGAGCUCAAGAAGGAGAGAGUCUUGAGGAAAGAAGAAGCAGCUCGAAUGUCUGUCCUCAAGGAGCAGAUGAGGGUUUCCCAUGAAGAAAAUCAGCACCUGCAGCUGACAAUCCAGGCUCUUCAGGAUGAGCUGCGAACCCAGAGAGACCUCAACCACCUCCUGCAGCAAGAGAGCGGCAACCGAGGCGCCGAGCACUUCACCAUCGAGCUGACCGAGGAGAACUUCCGGCGGCUGCAAGCCGAGCAUGACCGGCAGGCCAAGGAGCUGUUCCUGUUGAGGAAGACCUUGGAGGAGAUGGAGCUGAGAAUCGAAACGCAGAAACAGACCCUCAAUGCCCGAGACGAGUCCAUUAAAAAGCUGCUCGAGAUGUUACAAAGUAAAGGUUUGCCGUCCAAAAGUCUGGAGGAUGACAGUGAACGGACGCGGCGGGUGGCAGAGGCUGAGUCUCAAGUCAGCCACUUGGAGGUGAUUUUAGACCAGAAAGAGAAGGAAAACAUACAUCUGAGAGAGGCUGAGGGUGAAACCACGUCUAUGCCUGGCAGGAAACAACAACAGAAAGAUUAUGACCUCAACUUAUUUGGAAGACCAGAACGGUUGCCCAAGAACUACGACGGAUGUGCUAAUGUGAGCUGA